AUGACUUUUAAUCUGCUAGGUUGGAAGGUGGCAAGGGAGCUGGUGGUUUACCUGAUGUUAAGUGAUAACCGCCGCCCAUGGACAUUUGCACCAACCACCAACACCACUUGCAGAUUCGACGAUCUUCUGUGGAUGUCAUGGUACUUCCUCGGACGGACGUGCCCAUGCGUGGAACAGAAAAAACUGUUGGUGGGUGACCCACCCUAUCCUCCUAUGAAAGGAAUCACA